AUGGAAUUCGAAAAUUCUAUUGAAGAAUCUGGCAAUGAUGAUGAUGAUGAUGAUGGUGAUGAAGAGUUUCCACCAUUACCAUCAGAUAUUGAUAUAUUAUCACAUACAAAUACUCCUGAUCCAUAUGAUAAUAGACAUCGUACUGUUGAAUUCUUUUAUUGUCCUUCACCACCAUUACCUUCCCCACCACCACCACCGCCACCUCCGCCACCAACAUCAUCAACAAUGGCACGAAUAUAUGCUAAUGCUCGUACAUUAACUUCAAUUCAAAAUCCAAAUAGUAUAAAUCAACCGACAAUAUCAUUUGCUACACAACAGAAGAAGAAAGCUCGAGCACCAGUUGCUGGUCUUCUUCAAAGUGUUUAUGUUAAUAUGCCUAUAUCACCAUCAUUACCAUCAAAAUCUUUAAAUAUACCGAACGAAGUUACAUAUGCUACAUUAAUGAAUACAACGUCAAUGGCACUAUCAAUUUCUUCUGAUUUAAUAACAAAUCAUGUUGAAUAUCAACAAAUUCAUAUAAAAAAAGAAACAGAUAAAAUAAAUCAUAAUCCAAUUUAUGAAAAUAUUAAAUCUCGUCGACCACCACCACUACCAUAUUAUUCACAACGAAUUUCACCAUUAUCUGUAACUCCUCUUGAUAUUGAUAAAACAUUAUCAUAUUCAAAAAUAUUCAAUAAUGAUAUUAUACCAACAUCAUCUGAACAUACUUAUAUUAAUUUAGAAUAUCAUGAUGAUAAACCACCAAUUAUUCCAACACGUACAACUAAACAAAUUCCAAUUAUUGUUCAAAUAUCACCAUCACCACCUAUUAUACCACCAAGAAAUGAACCAAAAGAUGAUAUUCAUAGUUCAUCAUCAAAUGUUAGAACAUAUCCUAUUGAAAAAGAACAAGAUGAAGGAGAUACAAAUAUUCUUGAAACAAGUUCAAAUGCUAGUAGUGUUCAAACAGUAAAGGAACUUGAAGUAAAUAUGGCUCCAUGUUGUGAUGAUAAAAGUGAUCUAUAUCGUACAAAAAUGUCUAUAAAUACAACAGAAAAUAUUCCAUCAUUUUUAAAUGCACGUCAACGACGAUUAUUACAUAGUACACGACGACGUCGUUUACGUGGUUCUUUAGCUUUUCGUGGUUCAAUUGCUUUACGUAGUAACACACGAACAUCUAUUAAUCAUAAUACAAAUCGUCAACAAUAUCCACGUUCAAAUUCGAAUAUUGCAGUUCGUCAUCCAAUGGUUACAGAUGAUCGAUGGCGACGUACAUUACGUAAACGUCGACGACAACGUGCUGUACAAAUGAGAUUAGAUGGAAAUAUCUUGCAUCAACAAAUGAAAUCAACAAGACCUAUAUCUGAUCAUACAUAUAAUGAAAUAAAACAACCAAUUUUAUCAAAUAAUAAAAUACGUACUAAUGGUCAUCAUGGAUCAGCAGGUGGUGUACUCGAACGUGCUAUGCAAUUUAAUGGAGCAUUAAGAGAUCGAGUUUUUUCAUGGUAUCGAGGAGCUAAUCAUAAUAAUCGUGAUCAUCAACAACAAGAACAAGAAACAACACCACCAGUUUGUUCAACUUCAGAAAAUGGAGAGUCAGAUCAAAAAGGUACAACAACAAAUGAAGAUGAUGAAGAAGAAUUUUUUACUCAUGAUACAUUUGAAGAUUUUCUUCUGCGACGUCGUCCUAAAUCAUCUGCUUCAACUACAGUUAGUGGUACUAGUACUAUUGUUUCACAAGUUGAAUCUAUUUCUCAACGAUUACCAGUUCGAAAACCACCAAAUCAAAAAGUUCAUCUUCCUCCUCCUCCUCCACCACCACCUCCACCUCCACCACCACCUUUACCACCAACUCCACCACCUGCUCGCCGUUUUCCUGGUUUAGCAUUAAGUUUAGAUAAAACUGAUGUUGAUUUUAUUCAUAAUAUUCUUCAACGUACACGUGGUGAACAACGUGUAUGGAAUCGAAUAACAGCACUUAAAGAAGCUUAUAUACGAGCAACAAGUAAAAAAAAAGAUUUACCAAAAAAAACAAAAAUAAAUAUAAAUCAAAUGGAUGAAAAGAAAAAAAAGAAAUCAACAAUGAAACAUUCAUUAGCAGCAACAAAAAUUCGUGCUGAACUUGAAAAAUAUGAUGAAUUACCAGCUAGUUCAGCAACAAUUCUUGAUGAUGAUUAUUAUUAUGAUGAAACAUGUUCAGUAAAUGAUCAUCAUAAAAUAAAUCAUAAUCAACAUAAUCAUUCAAUACCUCCAUUACCUCAAACACCUUCAACAACAAAUCGAAUUGUAAAUUUUGUUGCAUCAAUAAAACGACGUGCUCAAAAUAAUGUUCAACAAUUACAAAAAAAUCUUCAUGAUAUUCGUUCACGAGUAAAUAUUGAAGCUAUGACAAUUCCUCCAAAUCAAAUUAAUAUAAAACGUCAUACAUCAAUAGCAUCACGACAAAGACAAACAAUAAAAGAUACAUCAAAUACACCUCGAAUACAUCGAUCACGAGUAGAAACAACAUUAAAUCAAAAUACUUUAGUUCGUCGUACAAAUAGCCAUCAUUCACCAACUUCAACAGAACGUUCUAAUGUUCAUCAUCGACGUCAAUUAAAUCGUACUCAAUCUAAUGCAUCACAAUUACCACAACAAUUACAAAUUCAUCAUCAUCGUCAUCGUUUAACAAAUGAUAAAAUUUUAGGUGGUAUUGCUGAUCGAUCACCUAGCUUAACAACUCGACCUCCACCAAUUGAACGACAUUCAUCACGUCAAACACAAAAUGGAAUGACACUUCGUCAACAACGUUCGAAAAACUCUAGUUGA